AUGCAGUUAGCCAAGCACGAGCGCAGGCACCGUGUACUCUGGUGGGUGGCAGAAGCAGGAGGAAUAUCCUCUUCUAUUAGUCAACCACCUAUUGACACUCCCUCCUCUGGAAAGCAUCACCACAUUACAACCAGUCGGAACCACCUGCUCCCCCUAUUCAUGUUUCUUCGAGAAAAUAAUAAUGAUCCAGCUCUCAAGAAAUUUAUACCAAAAUUAAAGGACCAUGUCCUCUAUAGACUGCGCAAGCUAGAUGUUAGUUAUUGCGACUUCACCUUCUCAGACAAAGAGCAUUGGUCAGUCAUUAUCCCAAAUGACACAAUUUAUUCAGUUCAAAUGAUGCAAGUUCAUUAUACCACAUACAACAUCAGGCAAGAGUAUGAUACUAUCAAUCCUAGGACACAUGGCGACAUCAUGGUGCUUUCGGGAGAGACAACACCUAACCAUCCAUACUGGUAUGCCCAUGUAUUGGGCAUAUACCAUAUGGACACAUGGCUCAAUGAGGGAGCUCAACCUGUGAAAGAGCGCCUUGAGGUCCUCUGGGUUAGAUGGCUGGCACCAAUCCAGAACCAUAAAUCUGGUGUGAAUCAUGCUCACCUUCCCAAGCUCGCCUUCAUUGAGGAGUCAGACAUAGAUGCAUUCGGGUUUCUUGAUCCUGUCAUUCGAGGGGCUCACUUGAUUCUAGCCUUUAAUUCUGGAUGUGGUGUAAGUUUGCUUUGCCAUGGGAAAUUUUUAGCAUGUCCUGGUGGUGAGCUAGAUGAUUGGAAAACAUAUUAUGUCGGUGUAUUUGUGGAUUGGGAUAUGUUCAUUCAUUAUACAAACUUUGGUAUUGGCCAUCCAGCGAUGCUGCAGAGGAUAGCCAGUGACUGUAAAUCUGUGGCACUCGGAGGUGUUGUGAGUGGUGUGACCAGUACUAACAAGACAGACUUAGACAUGGGCCAUGACGAGAACGGUCACUAUGACAUGGAGGAUGACAACUUGGACUUGGACUUGGACUCAGAUUCAGACUCAGGGGAAGUGAGCGAUGAAGAGUUUGGUGAUGAGGAUUUGGAGCUUGACCAUGUCAAAGACAUUGAUGGCAAUGAGGCCCAGGAUGAGUUUGAUGAUUUGCUGUCUUUUUAG